AUGAAGGUUCUUUCAACUAUUCUUCCUUUGCUUGCUCUCAACUCUGUUGCUUUAGCUGCUCCUACUGCCAACACAGUAGUCACAUCCAACGAACAUGAAAUCAGUGCAAUCAGUCACGAGCUGCAAGUUGCCAAUCAAACUCCCCAUAUUGAAGGCCUCGCGCAAGCCGGGCUUGAGCAAAGAGAUGUACUGCGACAGUGUAAAGCUGUGGUGAUAGGAGUUGCUGCUACUAUUACUGCUCAGGCCGCUGUUGCUUAUGUCGAUACCAUAACGGAUUUUGUUUCUAUGGUCUGUCAUGGCGAAGGUUAUGAGAAAUGCGCAAGAUAUACCAACUAUGUCAGAUUGGGUUUCCACAUGCUCUUGAGUCUGAGCCACAAGGUCGAUAUCGCAGCGGGAGUAGACGCCUACCACGCCGCGAUGAGAAAUAGCGGCCGCCGCUCGAUUGAGGGCAAUGAUCAUUACUCUAACAUGAUUGAUCUACUCAGCCAGGAUAUCUAUAGCUUUGACUCUGUCCACAAGCUUGCCCUCCCUGCUGGUGAAGUCAAACGCGACAACCAGCCAGCAUUGGCCUCUUCCAUUGUGAUCAAGAACCUCAGAUUCCAGAAUGAGACCGAAGGCCAUGACUUUGCGCUCCAUCAUUGGGACAACGGAAUGGGUCAGCUGCACCUUUCGCACGAUGGAUUUUCAAGCAACGGAACCAAUGCUUCUCGCAACCACAAGCGAUUUGAUGGCAAGGGAUUCAAGAUUGCGUUCCACAAGGUUGCGAGCAAUGUCCUUGACAGUGCUUUCGUUGACCAGGCCUCAAUCGAGCUUUCCCGCCAAUGGUACAGAUAUACCAAGUCAGGAGCUGAUGAAGUCUUCGGUUUUGUCGAGGUCAAGAAUCAGCCAGACUCUUAUUUCCGAACUAUUGCUGAGAUUAAGGGCUUCGGUCUGAACUAUGAGGAUGUGAGUGUCUGCGGUGACAUGUCGAAAUAUGUCGGAACAUACUUGGGACCUAACUAG